AAAGCGCAUCCGGUUUUCCGUGCUCUGUAUUCUGACGCUUGGGAUUGUUCGGUAGAAUGUGAAGAUAUCUUACGUGGGUUGAUUCGCUGCGUUACUGAUCGUCCUGUUAUCGCCCCGUUUUCACCAUCAAAACCGACUACACUCAUCACCAAUGCGUCCGACGUCGGAAUCGGUGCUGUAUUAGAACAAGAAGAUUGCCCAGUGAUCUGCAUUUCACGUCUACUCAAUGCGGCAGAAAAGGGAUACUCACAGACUCAAAAAGAAGCGUCGGCUCUAUUUUGGGCUGUUCGACGAUUGCACAAGUACCUUUUCGGAUUGCCUUUUACUAUCAUCACUGAUCACCAAGCGCUACAGUUCUUGUUUAACCCCAACAAAUCCAUCACGAAGUCCACUGCUGCUAUGCUACAGAGGUGGAGUAUCGCUCUAGCCGCAUAUAACUAUGACAUCCAACAUCGUCCAGGAAAGACCAUCCCGCAGGCUGAUUUCCUCUCUCACUACUCACGAUUUUCAGAGGCCGAACAGUGUCAUUUCAUCACUCCAGCACCAACAGUGUCUCGAAAAUCUUUACAUAAAUCUACCAAGCAGUACUACUAG